CAAAGCAAAGGCAUUUAGAGAAAUAGGCACAAAAAUGGUGAGUCUCCAAAUGGCAUCCAUAGUCCUAUUGGCUUUACUAGCUUCGUUUGCUAGCGCACAUGAUAACAACCCCUUGCAAGAUUUUUGUGUUGCAGUUAACGAUUCCCAAGCUGCAGUGUUUGUGAAUGGGAAGCCUUGCAAGGACCCAAAACUUGUUGAAGCAAAUGAUUUCUACAAGGCCGCUGGGUUUAACACCCCUGUUGGAGGUUUUAAUCUUAAUUCUUUGGGACUGAUAGUAAAGUAUCUAAAUGUGGACCGAUUCCCAGGGCUGAACACCAUGGGGUUGGCAAUCGCUCGUACAGAUUUUAAACCCAAUGGCCUAAUCCCACCCCACAUCCACCCUCGAGGCAGUGAGGUUGUGUUUGUUCUGAAAGGCACUCUUGAAGUUGGCUUUGUCUCUUCAAAUCCACUCAACGGUCAAAAGAAUAAGCUUUUCCCCAAAACCCUUAAACCUGGCGACGUCUUCGUUUUUCCCAUGGGACUCGUUCACUUCUUCUACAAUGUUGGGCGCUCCAAUGCUUUAAUGUUUUCGGCUUUCAGUAGCCAAAAGCCAGGGUAUGUCACCCUUGCUAAUUCUGUCUUUGGAUCUGAACCGUCAAUUUCAGACGAUGUUCUCACCAAAGCAUUCCGCCUCAAUAAAAAUGUCAUUGACUCUCUUCAAUCACAGAACUGGGAACGUAUCUAAUAAUCUGCUUAUCUGCUUCGAUCUGCAUGUGCUAGUAUAUUAUUAUUACUUAAUGUACUAUUAAAUAAUGAAUGAAUGUAAUAUUAUGUGAUUUCGCUUCCAUUCUAAAUAUUUGUAAU